AUGGAAGAACAAAAGGUGAAAGAACCUCUGAUGAAAGAACAAGAGGUCAAAAAACAUCUGAUGGAGGAGCAGAUGAUCGAAGAGCAUUUGAUGGAAGAGGCUGUGCUGGAAGAGGCUGUGAAGGAACAGCCUGUGCGGGACAAGAGCAUGGCGGCCCAACCUGCAGUGGAAGAGCCUGACGACAGCGACUCUGAUUUCGACGACGAUGUCGCUGACGACUCAGGCUCCAAGCAGUCGUCUUGGGAAGAGUGUGCAUGGCAGGGCAAGGCCUCCCUAGGCAAGGCCGAGAACAACAGCAUGAUGGCUACCGCCCCGCCCUCCGCCGCGCCCUCCACCACACACGAGCUGCUGCCGUGGCCGCAAGACGCCGCCCGCACCUUCCAUAGCUCCGCUGUCGACCCUCCCACUACCUUGGUCAUGGGCACCAACAAGCACGAGACGGAUCACCUGACGCAGGCCACGGACCGCGUUGUCUUCUUCCACAUGAAUGACCCGCCCUCAGCCCACGUGUACCUGCAGCUGGAGCCCAUGGCUGUCGAGACCUGGGCUCAGGAAGUGGAUGAGGCGGAGGAGAAAGGCCUGGACGUGUUCGCCCCACAGACCAGCUGCCUUCCCUACAGUCUGAUACUUCACUGCGAGACAGGCGCCUCAGCAGAAAAUGAGGCUGCUGCAGCUGCAGCCACUGAGAUCAAGAUGAGUACCACUCAGAAGCGCAGAGCCCGCCGCAGGGCCUUAGCUGAAGCUCUUAAAGCUUCUGCAGAAAGCGAGGCUGCCGCGAAGCCCAAGGAAACUCGCGUGUCAACAGAAAAUAAGGCUGCUGCAGCUGCAGCCACUGAGAUCAAGUUGAGCGGCUCCCAGAAGCAAAGGACCCGCCGCAAGGCCUUAGCUGAAGCUCUUAAAGCUUCAGCAGAAGGCGAGGCUGCCGCGAAGCCCGAAGAAACCCGCGCAGCAGCAGAAAAUGAGGCAUUACCUGGGAGGAUGAAGAGUGUUGCUCGGCCGCCGUGUGCAGAGAAAACCCUCGCUCGCUGA